AUGGCGGCGCAUAACACCAGAAACACAUUGUUGGCAGCAGCUAUGUUGUUACAGGACGAUGAUAGCGACAGUAAUGACGAAUCAAUGGAAACCAUCAGUCCUUUCAUAUGCAUAUGGGCGUCUUUAUUGCAAGGAGAUGAGAAGGCGCGUAUAAGAAACUAUGUAGAAAAUGUUGUCCCACUCUACACAGAUACUGAUUUUCGACGAAUGUUUCGAAUGAAUCUCUCAACAUACAAAGCUCUAAUCAAUUACCUUCAAGAUUUGCCUGGAUUACAGCCAGCAGGUCCAGGAAGAAGAGACGCUAUUCCGUUAAACAGCCAAAUUCUACUGACACUUUGGUACUUAGGAGGUGUUGAUACUAUUGCCAAAAUAGCAGAUCGUUUUGGCAUGUCAGAUUCCUCAGUUGUGCUAUGCCGAGAUAGAGUACUUUCUGCAAUUGUAAAUCUGAGACACAAACUGAUUGUUUGGCCCAGUAGACAGGAAAUGGUUGAGGAAGCUGACAUAUUUAGUAAAAGGAAUGGAUUUCCUGGCAUAGUAGGGGCCAUAGAUGGAACUCAUAUUAAAAUUAGAGCACCAAGUCUCCAUCCUCAAUCAUAUGUGAACAGGAAGGGGUACCAUUCACUUCAACUGCAGUGUGUAUGCCACCAUAACAUGUUUUCUGAUGUUUUUACUGGUUAUCCAGGUAGCUGCCAUGAUGCGAGAGCAUUGAAAAACAGUGAUCUGUGGUCAAAAGGGUUAAUGAGGUGCAAUAUGGUGUACCAUGGUCUUGGUGAUGGAACAUACCCAUUGAGAAGGUGGCUUCUGACCCCUUAUCGUGACAAUGGACACCUAACCCAAGGGGAAAAGAAAUACAAUUUUUACCAUUCAGGCAACAGAGUGGUAAUUGAAAGGGCCUUUGCUCUCCUGAAGUCUCGCUUCCGCAGAAUUCACCACAUUGAUUCGCCCAAAGUCUCAACUGUUGUGGACAUAAUAAUGGCAAGUUGUGUUCUUCAUAAUAUUUGUAUUAAGCAAAAUGACAACAUAGAUGAAUUCUUGUCACAAGAUGGUGCAGCUAUAAAUGUGAACCUUAUCCAAGACCACAACACUGAAGGAAUGCUUAAAAGAAACAAUAUCACAAGAAAUCUUGUUUAA